AUGAGCGACUCUUCGCAACACUUACGUCUUGCGUUGACGGUCACGCAUCUUCUGCUCGUCGCCUUGGGAUCUGUCAACCUGAUAGUCAUUCUUCUCAUUAUCACAAGACCGUACCUUCGAUCUAUAACAAAUGUAUACAUGAUAGGAUUAUGUCUUGCCGACUUUAUUUAUCUGGCGGAUUUAAUUCUGGUGGCUGCCACGUCAUUGAAUGGCAAAAGCUGGCCAUUCGGACCAACAAUUUGUCAUCUUUUCCACGGCACGGAGGCCACGGGGAAAUACGCAUCUGUCCUUUUUGUCGUUCUGCUUGCUGCAGAUCGAUACAUUGCGAUGUGUAAAAGUGAUUUGUGCGGAAGAUAUAGAACUUAUCGUACUGCCAUCUUAUUGAGCGGACUUGCGUGGAUCGCCGCACUUAUCUGCAGUCUUCCUCUUUACGUCUACGCCGAGAUUAAAGUUCGAAUGAGACCAAAGAAUGGAACCCACAUCAUUGAAAGCAAUCACACAUUGUGCCUUGCUCAUUGGCCCAGUCCUCCACACGCACAGUGGUAUAUUUCGGUAUGCUCAGUGAUGAUAUUCAUUCUUCCGGGACUAGUCAUCUUUUAUUGUUAUUAUCAUGUGUUUUGUAAAUUGCGAGAAGCAGCGAAAGGAUCGCGGAGACUGCAUCGUAAUAAGAGAUCGAGGUCUUCUUAUCAGAGAGUUACUCGGAGUGUACAACGGGUGGUUUUGUUUCAUUUACUUUGUUGGUCUCCAUUCUGGUUGUUCAACUUAUUUUCUGCCAUAUUCCGUGUUCGGAUCACAACUCAAUUGAUGAGAAUCAUCGUCAACAUCAUUCAUCUUUUCCCAUAUGUCAACUGUGCACUCAAUCCUGUUUUGUAUGCAUAUCGUGCUGAAAACUUCCGAACUGCAUUCAAAUCUCUUCUAUUCUGGAGUCGACGGAACCGACCACUUCCGAUGCCAGAAGACAUCCGAAGCACGUCGGCAAGCACGUACUAUAGGAACAGCAGCAAUUUGGAUGGAUUGAAACCUUCUUUGCCAAUCAAAUCACCAAUUGAAGCCGCAUCAGUGUACCAACCAGAAGAAGAGAGUCCUGUGGAUUCUUCAGAGAAAAUAGAGAUGGAGAAAAAAAAAGCUGCACUUCAAGCAUGGAGACCAUAUGAUGGAACAAAUUGUGAAGUACUGGAAGUCCAAUACGACCAUCAUAAAUGUUCAGCUAGAAGCAUCCUCCUUCCAGCUGUUACCAUGGAAGAAGGAACAAAGUUGUGA